AUGAAGCUCAGUUCAUCAUUGCCACUUUCAUCAUCGUCAACAACAUCACCACCUUCCAGUCCUUUUAAAAAAUCUGAUCCAUCAUCAUCACCCACUACCAGUAGUAGAUUUUCUUAUUCCUUUUUACAUAAACAAUGUGUAAAAAGACUAAAGGCUAGUUUUACACCACUUCGUAGAAAUAGUCAACAAAAAGUAGAAAUCAAUGACAAAGAAAAUCUUAACACAAUCAAUAAUAAUCAUUCUGAAAACACGAGAAAUGUAAUAAAUCAAUCAAAUCGCACAAAUAAUAAUAAAAACUAUAGUAAUACUAACAAUAGAGAUACUAGUAAUAAAGAAAAUGUUUUUAUUAAUAAAAUAAAUAGGAUUAUUGAAUUAUUACCUAAAAUAUUUUUUGUGAUCUUGAUAAGUAACAUUUAUCAAUUUUCAACAGCUAUACAAGAUGCUGUAGAUAUUAAAGUCACUGAAUAUUCACAAGAAAUGAUUCAGGCAAUGACAAAAUGUUCAAAAAGUUAUCUUCAAAACAAAUGUAUGCCUAAUGAAAGAGUUCCAGCACUGGAGCAAGCUUGUUCACAAUGGGAAAGAUAUCCUUUAAUUUAUAUAGUAACAGCAUCUGCUGAAACAUUUGUCAUGUACAAUGUUGUGGUUAAAGCUCCUCACAAGCUGGCUCAUGCAGAGCCUUAG